CCAGCAAACCGGAAGCGGAAAUAGAUGCGGGUGCGUCCUGAAACAUGGCGCUGCCCUUAGAACUGUAGCGAAGCGCAUUUAUACUCUGUAGAAUGUCACUUCAGCGCCUCGUUUUGCCUAAUCGCUUUAGGAAAUCGGGAAUUUUAUCAUAAAUUAUAUAAUCACAUUAUAUUCAACCAUGGCGGCGGUGUUGGGAGAUUUGUGGCGUAACGUCCGUGUGCUGCUGGGUCAAAUACAAAGGCAAGCACUGAGCCCAGCGUUCAGCAACACAAUUAACGGACCCUUUACGAAAUCGGCGCGCUGCAUGAAUCAGGCUGCCCCCCAGCUUCAGCCCCAAUCGGACCGAAAUGACAACGAAGAUAUAAGCAAGGAGUUUGUCAACAGGAAUCCCCGAAAUCUGGAACAGAUGGCUUUAGCAGUAAAGGACAGAGGCUGGGGGACUGUGUGGCCAUCAAACCAGUACUACCACAGGCUGGUAUUCAUACGCUCUCAGAACUACAUCACAGCAGAAAUCUUCGCCCCUCACUCCUCCUCCCCAGUGCUGUCUUGCUCCAGCAAGGAGUGGGCCCUGAAACGGGAGCUGGCCUCCACAAACUCAGUGUCGGCAAGCCAGGCGGUGGGGGAGGUUCUGGCCCAGCGCUGCCGCGAGGCCGGCCUCCUCAGGCUCACCUUCAGGGUCGUCCCGUGGACUUUCCGCUCAGAAUCUGUAAAAAAGUUCAGAGUGGCCAUGAAAGGAGGAGGAAUCAAACUCUGCGAACCACGAAGGAAAUACGUCGGCUGAGAACCAGAGGUGGUUCAUCGGUUCCACCGUCUCACUGGAUAAAUGUCCCUUUGCUGAUCACUGUGCCUGUACGUGUUGCUUUAAAUAAAACGUGUAAGAUCUCUAUGUUCACGUUA